UACAGUAUUCCGUAGUUAGCCCCUGUACGGCCUGUAGUGACAGGGACCCUUGACACCUCCACUGUCACUUCUGACCCUGCUCAUCGCCCAGCAUCACAACCAUGCCAGCCUCUUCCAGUUCAUCGUCUCGUGCUCUCAAUGCGAUCCUUCCGCUCAUCACCAGCAAUCAGCCGUAUGAGGCACAUCAGAAAGCGCGCACGUUUGCUUCGCGUUACGCGAAGUCUGGGCAGUAUGAUACCGCGAUCGAUGUUCUUUUCCAAUCUGCUCGUGAACUUCUCAAGACAGGGCAGCAGGGAAGCGGGAUAGAUCUCACAUGCUAUCUGAUAGAUGUCUAUGAGAGCAAGGGGGAGAGCGUCAAUAACGACUCACGAGGCAAACUCACCCAGCUGAUUGCCCUGACAGGCAGCUCUGGAACGUGGCGGAAAACCAUAAUUGACCGCGCGAUCGUCUGGUCAGCUAAGCAUGGCACUUGCCCAUUGGGUGAUCAGGACCUCCACCAUUAUAUCGGCGAACUGCUCUACAAAGAUGGAACAUUCGACGCUGCGGAACCUCACCUCCUUGCUGCUGGCAAGAGAGACAGUGCACGCCUACUCGCACAGAUAUUUCUUGAAUGGGUUGAAACAGGUGGCACACCGGGCAAUUUUGCUCUUCGCGGAACUCUUCCAUACCUGGAGAGCGGCAAUAUCCUCGCCGCUAAAACAUUCAUCAUGCAGUUCGUCAACAAACUUGUACCCGCUCGGCCAUCGUUGGCCUCUCCAUUGCAGAGCUCUCGGAUAUCCGUCGACGACAACAAUGAAGUAGUGUUCACGUCGGACAGUGCCGUCAAUUUUUGCCAGCUUGCGGUUCUGACGUGCCAGCGGGCAAAUGGAGAGAAAAACAAGGUCACCCGAGAGAGUUGGGUAAGACUGUGCGGGACCUAUCAAGCUAAAGGAGGCAUCCCCGCAAGCAAGGAGGUUCGUGCUGCAUUGCAAGCGAUCGCAACACUGUACUUCGCCAUUCCCCCGCCGCGCACGCAACCUGACAAUCCAUUCGGAGCCAUGUUAUCUUCCAUGUUAGGCGGUGCGCCAACUGGCGCGCCAGAGCGACGAGUACUUUCUCCUGGGUUGAACAGGCCCCAGACGCUAGGUCUGGAUUGAACUGGGAAUGGGGGCUGCGAGAAGUCCUAACGUGGCAAUCGCAACUACACGAGAUUAUGCAGGUAGAAUAGCACCAUUAUACACGUACAUACACUGGCCCUGGUCAGCUCUCUACCUGCUAUCAUACG